GUGUGUCAGCAGCCGAGCGAGGCGCUCGGGCGGGUCAUGGCAGGCUGUGCGGCCCGGCGGGCUCUGGCAGUGGGUAGCCGCUGGUGGUCCAGGUCGCUGAGCGCAGCCCGAGGGUCGAGGCCGCUGUGUGCGGCGGGUGGAGCGGGGACCUUCCCGCCGGUGGUGGUGACUACGACGACGCGAAGGCAUCUGUCGUCCCGAAACCGAGCAGAGGGCAAAGUGUUGGAGACAGUUGGUGUGUUUGAGGUGCCAAAACAGAAUGGAAAAUAUGAGACUGGGCAGCUUUUCCUUCAUAGUGUUUUUGGCUAUCGAGGUGUUGUCCUGUUUCCCUGGCAGGCCAGGCUGUAUGACCGGGAUGUAGCUUCUGCAGCUCCAGAAAAAGCAGAGAACCCUGCCGGCCAUGGCUCUAAGGAGGUGAAAGGCAAAACUCACACUUACUAUCAGGUGCUGAUUGAUGCCCGUGACUGUCCCCAUAUAUCUCAGAGAUCUCAGACAGAAGCUGUGACCUUCUUGGCUAACCACGAUGACAGCCGAGCUCUCUAUGCCAUCCCAGGCCUGGACUAUGUCAGCCAUGAAGACAUCCUCCCCUACACCUCCACGGAUCAGGUUCCUAUCCAACAUGAGCUCUUUGAAAGAUUUCUUCUGUAUGACCAGACAAAAGCACCCCCUUUUGUGGCUCGGGAAACGCUGCGGGCCUGGCAAGAAAAGAAUCACCCCUGGCUAGAGCUCUCUGAUGUCCACCGGGAAACAACUGAGAACAUACGUGUCACCGUCAUCCCUUUCUACAUGGGCAUGAGGGAAGCCCAGAAUUCCCACGUCUACUGGUGGCGCUACUGUAUCCGCUUGGAGAACCUGGACAGUGACGUGGUGCAGCUCCGGGAACGGCACUGGAGGAUCUUCAGUCUCUCGGGCACCUUGGAGACAGUGCGAGGCCGAGGAGUGGUUGGCAGGGAACCAGUGUUAUCGAAGGAGCAGCCUGCUUUCCAGUACAGCAGCCAUGUCUCCCUGCAAGCUUCCAGUGGACACAUGUGGGGUACAUUCCGCUUUGAGAGACCUGAUGGCUCCCAUUUUGAUGUCCGGAUCCCACCCUUCUCCCUGGAAAGCAAUAAAGACGAGAAGACACCACCCUCAGGCCUUCACUGGUAGACCAGCUGAGGCUCCUAGACCAGAGUGGACCCUUCAGAAAAGCUUCUGACCCACGAUUGCUACAGAACUCUACUUCUCCCCAUCAUGGGCUAUGACAAGUCUAAGAUCUUCUGUAGCAUUUAAUUGUGGGGAUCCUUUUUUUGAGGGGGAAUAUAACUUUUCUUGGAAGAUACGCAUAGGACUCCUCCAAGGCUGACUUCCUCUAAAGCCCUGCCUACACCAUGUUCCAGUAAAGCUUUCUGCUAAGGAACUGUGUUCAGCGGUCACAGGCCUUGAAGUUUCCUGGCUUGUCAUACAAAUUGUCAGGAAUGUGAGAUUUGGUCAAUAAACCAGUGCUCGCUUGGCCAAUGCCA